AUGUCUUUCCUAAGGAAAAAUGUACUUCUAGCUUACCCUAAUUACACUCGGACGCCUCCUCCAAGUUCAUGCGAUGAACCACCACCGCCGCCUCCACCACCAGUAGUUGGGUGUGAAAUUGUAUAUCUCCCGCCCCUGCCUCCACCAAACCAACCUCUAGUUGGUCCAUCACCACCACCACCAACAUAUGUGACAACUCCGGCUGGACCACCACCCAUUUGGCCACCUCCAUACCCUACACCUAUUGCUUCCCUCCCAUUGGUUCAACCACCGAGUUUUUCUCCAUCGAGUCCCAUCUCUUUCGAACCACCACCAACACAUGAUCGACACAAUAUAGGUGGCGGUCACCACACAUCAAUCAUCGCGGCGUGCAUAUCUAUUGGAGGACUUUUAUUAUUGGCGCUCCUCACCGCCUGCGUUUGCUUCUUGGUCAAGAAGAUGAAGAAGUCGGUACUAUUGGUGCCAGUAUUGGUGCGGGUGGUUGUGUCACCACCGCCUUUUGAGGCUUUCGGUGAAGAAGGAGAUUUGGCUCCUUAUGAACAAAGGAAAUAA